AUGUAUUAUUUGACAGUGUCAAGGCUUCUUUCUACUCGCCUUUUAUUUGCGGUACUUCCCCUUUAAGAGCACCAUGGCACCUCGCAAGUCGAGGCAGACAUUUUUCAAUGCAAGAUUUUUCCUUGCAUAAAUUAUGUUCAUGACGUAGUGCAAAAGGCCAAUUUUGUGGCAAUUUUGUCCGACUUUACAGCUCAAAUAGGAUUUUGUGAGACACCUCAAGGAUUUUUGAUUAUCUGAACUGUUGCAGAAAGGGCAUCGUCAUUAAAUAUUAAGAGAGAGGAGAUCCUAACAUUGCAACCCUCCUUAUCAAUGCAAAUACCUCUUUUGUGUGCAGUCACAGCGCCUGUCUGGGAGCUGAGAUGAAUUUUUAAUUAUGUGUGACUGAAACAAACUGUGACAAGGACCUUUAUAAAAGCCGGGGAUUACAGAAAAUAAGCUGCAUUUACGCGAAUGUCAGGACGACAGUGACUGUGGCGGUGCAGCGAGCCAUGAACUCCCAGGAUCCCCCUGCCAAAGAUGCCCCACUUACUGUCAAUGAGCAGCCAUUCACUGUCUGACUGCAGAAGUCUUUUUUCAGCCAUUUAAAUCCUGCACUUUGAAAUUCCCUGCCAAAGACAACCAGGUCAUUGUGAUGUCUGGCCAUGAGACUAUUCGUGUGCUAGAGGUAGAGGUGGAUGCGUCUCUGCCAUCAUCACUACCUGAUAUAAAGAGUGAAGGCAAAGCUGAGGAGGGAGUGGCUCGGCCUGCAGAGCAACCCGAGGCUGGCAGCACACAGGAUGGCCCCACUGUGCCCCAGAACGCUGGGGGAGUAGUAAGAACCAACCCUGGCUGUGUUCCUGCAGUGUUGGGUGAGCAGCAGGUGGUGUCUGUGGAAGCUCCUGCCCCUGCUGUCCAAACGCUGACUCCCGCUGUUCCAGUCAGUUUGUCCCUGUCGCAGCCCCAGGCCGCCAUGCCUAUCACUGUACAAGGCUGUCCACAGGUGCUGACCCAGGAGAGUUUGGCCACUCUGAUGACUGGUAUGAUGGCACAGACAGGAUCACUGGGGCAGCCGUUGCUCAUUCCCCUCAGCAUGGCAGGCUCCAUCGGUGGCCAGGGUGGUCUUGCUGUUCUCACAUUGCCUACCACCAAUGUAGCAACUCUCCCUGGGCUCACAGCGGCUAACACGGCUGGAAACCUUCUUAAACUACCCUUUGCUGGCCUUCAAGCUGCGACGGUCCUGAACUCUGUUCAGCCCCAGCUGCAGACAAAUGCACAGACGAUGUUCCAGCCUCAAACAGCCAUACAACCGGUGCAGGUGACGUCUCAGCAGACACAGGUGACCAAUGCACAGGUUACCGCUGCUCAGGUGGCAGCAGCCCAGGCGACCUCAGCUGCCACUACUGUCUCCCAGUCCAACAUAUCUUUAGCAGCGCUUCAGACUGCAGGACUCUCCAUCAAUCCCGCCAUUAUCAAUGCUGCUUCUUUGGGAGCCCAGCCCCAGUUCCUCAGUUCCCUCACCUCCACUCCCAUCAUCACCAACGCCAUGUCCAACAUGGCUGGCAUCACCAGCCAGAUCAUCACAAAUGCCCAGGGACAGGUCAUAGGAACCCUUCCGCUGUUGUUGAACCCAGCCUCUCUGGCUGGAGGGGCUGCGACAUCCACCCUUCCCUUCCAGGGUCUCCAGGGUCUCCAGGGGCUGCAGGGGCUGCAGGGGCUGCAGGGGCUUCAGGGGCUACAGGGUCUACAAGGUCUACAGGUCCAGACUGUUACUCCUCAGCUGCUCCUCAACACACAGGGCCAGAUCAUUGCUACAGUUGGGAACGGAUCUGCAGUUGCAACUUCUGCAGCAGUUCUGCCCAAAUCCGCAGCUCCUCCAACACUUACCAAACCUAUCACACAGGCUUCAGUAACAACUGUCAGUCAGUCACCAAUUGUCAUCGCUCCACAGCCGUCUGUGCUGAAGACUUCCACCACACUGUCCUCCACAGUACCCAUCACCUGUGGAGACAUAGCAAAAGUGGGCCAGCUUGUCAGCAAACCCCAGCAGGUAGUCAGCAGCGAGGAAGGCAUUAAUCUAGAAGAGAUUCGAGAGUUUGCAAAGAAUUUCAAGAUCCGUCGGCUGUCCUUGGGGCUUACCCAGACACAAGUAGGCCAGGCUCUAACUGCAACUGAGGGUCCAGCCUACAGCCAGUCUGCCAUUUGCAGGUUUGAAAAGCUCGAUAUUACGCCCAAGAGCGCUCAGAAGCUGAAGCCGGUGUUGGAGAAGUGGCUGGCUGAGGCCGAGCACUGGAACCAGAAAGGCCAGCAAAAUCUGAUGGAGUUUGUUGGCGGUGAACCAUCCAAAAAACGCAAGCGGCGUACUAGUUUCACACCACAGGCGAUAGAAGUUCUUAACUCCUACUUUGAGAAGAAUGCAUUGCCAACAGGCCAAGAGAUUACAGAAAUUGCAAGAGAGCUGAACUAUGACCGUGAGGUUGUGAGAGUAUGGUUCUGCAACCGACGACAGACGCUGAAAAACACAAGCAAAAUCAAUGUCUUCCAGGUUCAGUAGUGACCUCAUUCUGGGAGGGUUCGCCGCUGAUCUUUUGUCGUUUUUUGGAAGUUGAACAUUUAAUACAGCAGCACAGUUGUGAAUUGUGUUGUGAAUACAAGCCAAACAUGAACAUUUUCAGAAAAUGAAAGAAAGUACACAUAAUUCAUGUGUCAUGAAGGAGUACUAAAAUGAUUUGUUAUUGUAUUUUAAGGUUGUAUAUGUGUACACAACUCCUGUGUGGUGGGUACUAAGUCAAACUGCAUGGUCCUUUUAUCAAAUACAGUGAUGAUAAUACAGUGAUAAUAACAUGUCAUAUUUAAAAACAUUUGAUGAACUUUUAUACAAGCGGUUUUAUAGGCUGUCCCUCUGAAAUAAAGUGGCAGUGUAUUGAGUCACAUGGAUUUUAGUCGCAUAAUUGUCACUUUGGCACAAUGGCUGACAUUAUGCUGAUUUUUGAAUGACAUGCUUUUGCUACCACCAAUUCUAGCUGCUCAUUUAUUUUAUUUUCACGUAGUAUUUGUACUGCGUGAGCAGCUUUGCAAACAUUAAUAAGACUAUGUUGAUGAAAAGCAGGCAGUAGCGUAUAACCUUAUUGUCAUCAGAAAUAGUUGUCUAAUUGAAUGCACAAUAUGUAAUUUUCCACUGCUCAAUCACAACAUUAACGGUUUCAGUGUUAUCCAGCUGCAGCCUGCAGCACCUGCAGUCAGCUUUACCAGUUAGGAUUCCUUCAGUGUUUGUCUGUCAGAAGGCUUUUACCCAGAGCUUAAUUAUUCACAGAGUUCUCCUGUCCAAAACAAACACACCAGGUGACGGAAACUGGUAAAAAGAAGAAGGAACAAAUAAGUAGUUUCACUUUAAAAAUCAGUAUAGAGCUUAGAAACCAGAUGUUGGGAAAAUAAAAUUCUUCAUAUGGUUAAAUUAUAUAAUCAGAAAUGUCCAAGAUCUAAAAAGUGUAUCAUAAAAUGUGGCGUAAACUGGAAAAAAACUUGAUUUAUGACAGCUUCUGGCAGACAAACACAACACUGACACAUGCACAAAACCAACGCCAUUGAUGAGCGACCAAGAGACCAUUAUUUUGAUUUUGAAACAUUUGGCAUAAUUCAAGUGCACACCUCAACAAAAUAUCAAACAUAGGUAUAAUAAUUUUUAGACAUCUUAAUGUGGAAAAGGACAUAUCAUACCUUUAACGCCAAAAACAACUUUUCUAUCUAUGGACUCCUGACUCUGCAGCAAUGUUUUGGGACAAUCGUCAUUUUGAUAUUCCUCGUUGAUAAUCACAAAGAUGAGCUUAAAAACCGUAGUCAUUUUUCUCUUGUUUGGCUUUGAUACUUUUAUUCAGCAGUGUGAAAUGUGUCAUACAGUUGGGUGUCCAUAGAGAGGGUCAAUUCUGAGGUUCCUUGGACAACAAAAGCUGGAGCUCCGGCUGUUGCUUACGAUGCCACAACUGAUUUUAUAUUUUUUUUUAUAAAGUUUGUCUUAUUUGUGAGUUACUGAUCAUGCAAAUAUGCAUACUGUAAGUGUGGGCUAUGUGUGAUUUCCCCACAGUCGGUCCUGUUUUUACACGUUUAACGUGCUUUUAUUACUCUGAGAGUAUUUUGUGUUUUCUCCCCAUUAACUGUUGUGACUGUUCCCUUAACGGCUCGACAAUGCUUCUGAUGCAU